AUAAUUUUUUGUUAAGUUUCAUGAUGAACGUCAAUAAAAUGAAGUAUUCCUCUUUAAAGAGGUGUUAUUUUCGAGUUAAAUUAGAAUUUGAACAUGUUGGAAACAUAGACAUUGGACAGACUAUGUUCAACUUCAUUGUUCACCAGGCUGUUAAAAACUUAUUUGGAGAGAUUGGGGAGAGUUGUGUGGAUGUCAUCAAGUAUGACCCUCUGUUUUCAGAAGCCAUUAUAGUGACCAAUGAGAGAUUCAGAGGACAGCUGCACAGUGCUUUAACAUUAUUUGGUUGCUAUGACAACAAAAGAUGUGCCUUCAGAGUAUUACAGAUAUCUUCAAGCCUUAUAAAUUUGGCAAGUGACAGUAGGCAGAUAUGUGUUCCAAUGAAAUCCAACAUUUGAUUUUGAAGGAGAGAUUACACCUGACUGUGUUCAACUAUUGUAUGCAUAUGUCAUUAAUACACACAUGUUCUAUAUACAUGUACAUAGCAGUAUUAUAAAUGGAAAAAAAUAUGCAAAAUAAUCAUUGAAGAUGUACUGUAUGUGUUUUUCAUGCUGAAGUUGAAGAUGGACAGUUGAAAAACAGUGAUGUGGUGUUACUACCCAGGUAGCUAACAUGUUAAAAAGAUAUUCAGUAGUGUACUCAUGCAGUGUUAUUAUGUAUGAUGAAGCACAGAGAUGAACAUAAAAUUAUUUUGUUAAAAAACAUUCUGAUUGUACACACAAGUACUCUGAAGUUGACAUUAAAAAGAUGCUUGAGUUUC